AUGGCGACCGUGCCUACUACCACGGCGGACGCAGCCGCUUCUUCAUCUUACACAUACGCUGCCGGUACCACAUCCUAUUUUCCGACGCCGUUCCACCUUCAACAGACGCCUCCGCCGCCUCCGGUACCCUACAUCGGCGCCUCACCUCCGCCCACUGUUCCCACCGUCCCGCCGCCCGUUUAUCCGGCUGCUCCUGCCGUCUACACGAUGCCGCAGUAUCAGCAGGCACAGCAAUUGUUUCAGAGGGAUGCACAAACAAUAACACCAGAAGCUCUUGAAAGUGUGAAAGCUGCACUUGCCAGCAGUGAUGUGGAGCACAAAGCAGAAACUAAGAAGAAAGCGAUUCCCCGGACAGCUGCUGGGCAGACUUGGGAGGAUCCCACUCUUGCAGAAUGGCCUGAAAAUGACUAUCGUCUAUUCUGUGGUGAUCUUGGAAAUGAAGUGAAUGAUGAUGUUUUGUCCAAAGCUUUUUCCAGGUUUCCUUCAUUUAACAUGGCCAGGGUCGUUAGAGAUAAACGUACUGGCAAGACAAAGGGCUAUGGGUUCAUAAGUUUUGCUAACCCAACUGACUGUGUGGCCGCCAUCAAAGAAAUGAAUGGGAAAUAUGUUGGAAACCGUCCAAUCAAACUUCGAAAGAGCACCUGGACAGAAAGGACUGACAAAGAAGCCCUGGAAAGGCAGAAGAAACAAGGUUACAAGAAAUCAAAAGCACCCAAGAAAGGCGUGUUCCAUAAAUGA